UACACUAAAUUGGUCGAUAAUGAGGGCAAAAAGCUCCUAGCCACAAACAAAACCUAGACAUUUCUGUGUGGCGCUUCGACCUCUCUCUCGCUCUCGCAAUCAAAGAAUUUCUUUCUGUUGUUUUAUUUUAGGAAGAAGACAUGGCUUCCAUUUAUGCAAACUUGCCUUCUCCACCGUUGUUGGUCCAUAGUAAAAGGAUCCCUUUCAGGACUCUUCAAAAGCUCCCACUUUCUACCAUUAAAGAGAGACAGAACUGUGUUGCUGUUGUCGUGAAGGCUACCGGGGAAAGCUCUGAGUCAUCAACCUCCCUCAGCAUUGUUAAGUCUGUUCAAAACAUUUGGGACGAUUCUGAAGAUAGGCUGCCCCUUGUCGGUUUGGGUUUUGCAGCACUGGUAGCUGUUUGGGCAUCAGCAAAUGUCAUCACGGCCGUUGACAAGUUGCCUGUUGUCCCAAGUGCACUAGAAUUCGUUGGCAUCCUUUAUUCUUCGUGGUUUGUAUAUCGAUAUCUUUUGCUCAAACCCAAUCGGGAAGAGCUUUUCCAGAUCAUUAAGAAGUCGGUUGGAGAUAUCUUAGGCCAGUGAAUCAUGCUUUGAAAUGUAGUCAGCCCUUCAGGCCACCAGCUCUUACGCUUCAAUGCAAGUCCAGAACGCUUAACAUCGUACCAGACCUCGUACUAGACAAUGACCAGUAAGAAAAACUCUGGGAAAUUCACACAAGAAUAGAAGGAUUGAUUAAAACGAAUCAAAGUUUUUCUACAAAAAGGGCAUGGAAAAUAGAUGGAUUGUAAUGUGAUUUACUCCUGACAAAAACGACUCUUGCAAUGAGAUUGACUAUUCCCUACUUUUAUUACAUCAGAAGGCUAUUGAAUUGAA